AUGCAGCCAUUUUGCCAUGAAGAUGAGAGCUCAGCCUUGCUGCAAUUCAAGGAUACUUUUAUCAUAAACAAGUCAGCUUCUGGUUAUCCUAAGGUUGCAUCAUGGACUCUAGAAGGAGGGAAUAUUAGUACCGAUUGCUGCUCAUGGGAUGGGGUCGAGUGUGACGAGGACAUGGGUCGUGUGGUUGGCCUUGACAUUAGCAGCAGCUGUCUAUAUGGUUCUAUCAAUUCCAGCAAUAGCCUCUUCCGCCUUGUACAACUUCGAAGGCUUAAUCUUGCUAAUAAUCACUUCAAUUAUUCUCAAAUCCCAUUUGGAUUUGGCAAUCUUACGAGGCUAACCUAUCUCAACCUCUCUGCUUCUUCUUUUUCCGGACAAAUCCCCUCAGAGGUUUCACACCUCUCCGAGUUGUCUUCCCUUGAUCUGUCUUCGAAUGAUCAUUUAUAUGCCAAAAGUCUACAAGUUUUGGUCCAAAACUUAACCAACCUAGAAGAACUUCGGCUCAGUUUUGUAAACUUGCCAUCCACUGUGCCUGACAUCUUGGCAAAUUUUUCUACUUUGACAACUCUACAGCUAAGAAACUGUGGAUUGUAUGGGGAUUUUCCAACCAAAAUGUUUCAGCUACCAAACCUAAAAGAUCUUAGGGUAGGAUUCAAUCAAGAUCUCACUGGCUAUCUCCCUGAAUUUCACUCAAGCAAUUCCCUUCGGGCUUUAGGGCUCAAAGCCACCAAUUUCUUUGGCAAACUACCCACUUCAAUUGGAAACCUCACUUUCUUAAAUAUUCUAGAUAUUUCUGAUAGCAAUUUCUCAGGAUCUAUCCCACCUUCACUCAGUAACCUCACCAAACUCCAUUAUCUAGACCUCUCUCACAACAAUCUUCAAGGUCAAAUCCCUUCUUCCUUGCCAGUUAACCUUAACCACGUAACCUUUCUCGGCCUAGCAAACAAUUACUUGCAAGGCACCAUUCCUAGCUCAUUCUCUAAACUCAAGAAUGUUGAGUGCCUUGACCUUAGUGGAAAUGAUUUAAUUGGGGAAAUUUCACCAUGGAUUUGCAAUAUGAGCUUACUCAGUAUACUUGAUUUUUCCCAUAACAGUUUGAGUGGGGUGCUUCAUCCAUGUUUCAGCAACUUCAGUCAAUUUUUGCAAGUGCUCCAUCUACGAAGCAACAACUUCCAUGGCACCAUACCGAAAUCAUGGGCAAAGGAAAGCAGCUUAAGGAUGAUUGACUUAAGCCAAAACCAGUUAAAGGGCCAGCUUCCAAGAUCAUUGGCCAAGUGUACGAUGCUAGAGUAUCUUCAUGUUGGUGGCAACCAGAUCAAUGAUACCUUUCCAUUUUGGUUGGGAACUCUUCCCGAAUUGAAGGUUCUUGUUCUCCAUUCUAAUGGAUUCAAUGGUAUUAUAAGGUGUCCAGGAACCAAUUAUACCUUCCCUAAGCUGCGGAUCAUUGACCUCUCUCUCAAUGAUUUUUCUGGAAAUUUGCCUACAAGUUGCUUCCUUCAUUGGGAUGCCAUGAAAACUAUUGAAGCCAAUCAGUUGAUAUACCUGAAUGCAAGUGUUGCUGGAGAUGGGUGGCGUUCAGGAGACAUUAAGAGUCUAGGUUUUUUGUACUCAGUUACAGUAGCAAAUAAAGGUUUAAACUUAGACUACAAGAAGAUCCAAGAUGUGUUCAAGGUCAUUGAUUUCUCGAGCAAUAGAUUUGAGGGAGAAAUUCCGGAGCUUCUAGGGAGUCUUAAAGGACUUCAUUUGUUAAAUCUUUCCAAUAACACUUUGACUGGUCAUAUCCCAUCAUCUUUGGGGAACUUGACACAUGGAAUCAAUGGACCUUUCCCAAAACAAGUUGGUCGGGGGAAUACCUCCGCAGCUAACACAACUCUUUUUUCUUGA